GGUUUGAUCAGUGUCGGUGUCUCUCACAAUUUCCUUAUUAAGCCAAAAUCUGUUACUUUCCUCUCUCGAAUCGUCGUCAUUUUCGAAUCCCUAGAUCUAGCAAAACUUUUGCUAUCGCGAAAUGCAUCUCCAUUAACAUUUUCAGAUCUAUCCACCUCUGUUUUUUUUUUUAUUGAACAAAAUGGUGGCGAAACCAAGGUCAAGAUGUUGUUGUUGUAGUUGGUUCAUCGGCGUUAUCGUGUUAAUCGCGGUAAUUCUCGCCGUCAUUUUCACAUUCAGGCAUAGAUCAAGCCACUCCGAUGAUAAUCCUGGCUCCAUUGAUAAAAAUUACGCUAAUGCUCUCAAGAUCGCUAUGCAAUUCUUCGAUAUCCAGAAAUCUGGUAAGCUGGAGAACAACAAGAUAUCAUGGAGAGGAGAUUCAGGUCUUAAAGAUGGAAGCGAAGCAAGUAUUGACCUUUCGAAAGGUUUAUACGAUGCUGGAGACCACAUGAAGUUUGGUUUCCCAAUGGCUUUCACUGCCACAGUUCUCUCAUGGUCCAUUCUUGAGUACGGUGAUCAAAUGGCUUCUGUGAACCUAUUGGAUCAUGCUAAAGACUCUCUCAAAUGGACUACUGAUUUCCUCAUUAAUGCUCAUCCUUCUCCAAAUGUCCUCUAUAUUCAGGUGGGAGAUCCGGUGACGGAUCAUAAAUGUUGGGAUAGGCCAGAAACAAUGACAAGGAAGAGAACUCUUACUAAGAUUGAUACAGAGACUCCAGGGACUGAGGUUGCUGCAGAGACAGCAGCAGCUAUGGCUGCUGCAUCUUUAGUCUUUAAAGAAAGUGAUACUAAGUAUUCAAGAACACUUCUGAAACAUGCGAAGCAGUUGUUCGAUUUUGCGGAUAAUAACAGAGGUUCUUACAGUGUUAAUAUACCUGAGGUUCAGCCUUAUUAUAACUCAACAGGUUAUGGAGAUGAGCUUCUUUGGGCAGCUUCAUGGUUGUACCAUGCAACAGAGGAUAAAACAUAUCUUGACUUUGUGUCGGAAAAUGGUGAAGAGUUUGGUAAUUUUGGAAGUCCAUCAUGGUUUAGUUGGGACAACAAGCUUCCAGGAACACAUAUACUAUUAUCAAGAUUAACCUUCUUCAAAAAAGGGUUAUCAGGAAGUAAAGGACUUCAAGGUUAUAAAGAAACAGCAGAAGCUGUCAUGUGUGGGCUUAUACCAAGCUCACCAACAGCUACAUCUAGUAGAACUGAUGGUGGUCUAAUAUGGGUAAGUGAAUGGAAUGCACUGCAACACCCUGUGUCCUCUGCAUUUUUAGCUACACUCUACAGUGACUAUAUGCUCACCUCUGGUAUUAAGGAACUAUCUUGCAGUGACCAAUCCUUUAAACCUUCAGAUCUCAGAAAAUUCGCUAGAUCUCAGGCUGAUUACAUGUUAGGGAAAAAUCCAGAGAAAAUGAGUUAUUUGGUGGGAUAUGGUGAGAAAUAUCCAGAAUUUGUGCAUCAUAGAGGAGCUUCAAUACCAGCCGAUGCAAACACAGGAUGCAAAGAUGGGUUUAAGUGGCUUGACUCGGAGGAACCAAAUCCGAAUGUAGCUUAUGGUGCACUUGUUGGUGGACCGUUUUUGAACGACACGUUUAUAGACGCAAGGAACAAUUCUAUGCAAAAUGAGCCAAGCACUUAUAACAGUGCUCUUGUCCUAUCUUCUUCACCAAGAUCCAUGUCUCUUCUGAUCAGAUCCUCCUCUUACGUUUCUCACCUCACUCUCUUCCAACCUAGAAAUUCAAAACCAUCCUCUUUCACCAAUCAAAUCUCCUUCGUUUCUUCUUUCAAUCACAACCCUUUUCUCAAUUUGGUCUACAAACGAAACCCAAUAAUGCAAUCUGUUUCGAAAAUGACUGUUAAGAGCUCAUUGAUUGAUCCCGACGGUGGUGAAUUGGUGGAAUUGAUUGUACCGGAAUCUGAGAUCGGAGCGAAGAAAGCUGAAUCAGAGACGAUGCCGAAAGUUAAACUGACGAAGAUUGAUCUUGAGUGGGUUCAUGUGAUCAGUGAAGGUUGGGCUAGUCCUUUAAAAGGGUUCAUGAGAGAAGAUGAGUAUCUACAAAGUUUGCAUUUUAACUCUCUUAGGUUAAAAAAUGGGACUCUUGUGAACAUGUCUCUUCCUAUUGUUCUUGCUAUUGAUGAUGAGACUAAGGAACAGAUCGGAUCUUCCCAGAAUGUUGCUCUUGUUAGCGCUCAAGGAGAUAUCAUUGGUUCUCUUCGAAGUGUGGAGAUAUACAAACACAACAAGGAAGAAAGGAUAGCUAGGACUUGGGGAACUACUUCUCCAGGGUUGCCUUAUGUGGAAGAAUAUAUUACUCCAUCAGGAAACUGGUUGAUUGGUGGUGAUUUAGAAGUUUUUAAGCCGAUUAAGUAUAAUGAUGGGCUUGAUCAUUACAGGCUCUCUCCUAAACAGCUUAGGGAAGAGUUCGAUAAUCGUCAAGCGGAUGCUGUUUUUGCGUUUCAGUUAAGGAAUCCGGUGCAUAAUGGACAUGCUCUGUUGAUGAAUGAUACCAGGAAAAGGCUUUUGGAAAUGGGUUACAAGAAUCCUAUUCUCUUGCUUCAUCCUUUAGGAGGUUUCACGAAAGCUGAUGAUGUUCCUCUUGAUGUUAGAAUGGAACAACAUAGCAAGGUUCUAGAAGAUGGAGUUCUUGACCCGAAGACUACUAUUGUCUCGAUAUUUCCAUCACCGAUGCACUAUGCUGGUCCAACUGAAGUUCAAUGGCACGCCAAGGCAAGGAUUAACGCCGGUGCUAAUUUCUACAUUGUAGGUCGUGAUCCUGCAGGAAUGGGCCACCCUACUGAGAAGAGAGAUCUAUAUGAUCCUGAUCAUGGAAAGAAAGUCUUAAGCAUGGCCCCUGGACUUGAGAAACUCAAUAUUCUUCCAUUUAGGGUUGCAGCUUACGAUACAAUCGAGAAGAAGAUGGCGUUUUUCGAUCCCUCUCGAGCAAAAGAGUUUCUUUUCAUUUCUGGAACAAAGAUGCGAACUUAUGCAAGAACAGGGGAGAAUCCUCCAGAUGGGUUUAUGUGUCCGAGUGGAUGGAAUGUUCUUGUCAAAUACUAUGAGAGCUUGCAAGAAAGCGAAGCCAAACAACAAGCCGUUGUUUCAGCCUAAAGAAUCCAAUUGCAUCUCUUUAAGACCUGAAGCUCCUUAGUGAUCUAUAUGAGGCUUUUGUUUCACCUUUCAUUGUUUUGUUUAAACUACCUUGGAUCCAUGUUUUUGUCCUCACAAAUGUUUUCCAAAUAAUGUUCUGAUUGACGAGAGAAGUUUGUUAAUAAUCGUAAGGUCAGGUA